UCUUUCUGUUUGACAUGAAGAUCCCAGUGUGAUAUCUCGACAGAAAGUAUAGUGCUGGAGUUUUCGAAAAGGGACACUUGGGUUAUUCAGCAAUUCAUGCGGUGACAACCAAAACGUUAAGAAGCAAGCAUGUCAUUCCAGAGACCUUUACAACAAGCCAAUAUUCCAUGGAAGAACAAUAACCUUAGUCUUCUGAACAAAGACCCUCCUCUUUCCGAGCAAGGAGAGACCAUCAUAGGAGCAUACCUCAUAACACUAGGCUGGUUGUCAUGGUUUGGAAACAGCAUAGUCAUUUUUGUACUUUAUAAACAAAGAGCCAGUCUACAGCCUACCGACUACCUCACCUUCAACCUGGCCAUAUCAGAUGCCGGCAUUUCUGUGUUUGGAUACUCCAGAGGGAUCCUUGAAGUCUUCAAUGUCUUCCAGGAUGAUGGAUUCCUUAUAACCUCCAUCUGGACCUGCCAGGUAGAUGGUUUUCUAACCCUGCUGUUCGGCUUGACCAGCAUCAACACUCUGACUGUCAUCAGUGUCACCAGAUACAUCAAGGGAUGCCAUCCCAACAGAGCUCAUUGUAUCAGUAAUAGCAACAUUGCUGUUUCGCUGGGAUUCAUCUGGUUAGCAUCUACCUUCUGGUCAGGGGCACCUCUUGUGGGCUGGGGAAGCUACACAGAUCGUGGGUAUGGAACCUGUGAGAUCGACUGGGCCAAAGCCACCUUCUCAACAAUCUACAAGUCCUACAUUGUGGCAAUCUUCAUCUGCUGCUUCUUCCUGCCAGUCUUCAUGAUGUUAUUCUCCUAUGUGUCCAUUAUCAACACUGUCAAAACCAGCCAUGCCUUAGCAGCAGCAGGAGCGGGAGAACUCACUGACAGGCAGAGGAAAAUGGAAAAGGACGUCACCCGGGUGUCCAUUGUCAUCUGCACUGCCUUUAUCAUAGCCUGGUCGCCCUAUGCCGUGAUCUCCCUGUGGUCUGCCUGGGGGUUUCAUGUCCCCAACAUGGCUAGUAUCUUCACCAGGCUCUUCGCUAAGUCAGCCAGCUUUUACAACCCCAUUAUCUACUUCGGCAUGAGCUCCAAGUUCCGUAAGGACAUCAGCAUCCUGCUGCCCUGCACCAAGGAGAGCAAUGACACUGUCAAGCUCAAGCGUUUCAAGAACCUCAAGCAGAAGGCUGAUCUCCCCCCCGCACACCACAGAGAACAGCAGUACAUUCAGGAAAAGAAGCCGGUCCAAGUGCCAGACUUGGGCGUGGGGAGCCCAUCCAACACUCCAAAGAACAAGGAAGUCUUCUUCAUCCCAAUGCCUUCAGAACCUGAGGCUCCUGAAUUCGAAUGUGACAGACUCUGAAAAUGGGGACUUUUUUUAUAUAAAUGUGUAAAUUAUCUAUGCAGUUUAGUGGCCAUAUGUGCAGUUGCAUGGUGAUGUCUUUUGCAAAUUUUUUUUUUUUUUUUUUUUGCUUUUUGUCCUUACCCAUAUCAAUAAACAAUUUCUAUAUUAAAAUAGUGGCUUAUGUGUUGCUACUGUGAGAGAUCAUUUAUACUGAAUCAUCUACGCAGCUAGGUCCUCAUCUACACCUCUUUCUACAUUUUUAUUUGAUUGUAUUUGAUUUGGUGAUGUUAAUGAUGUUGAAACUGCCUUUAAUGGCUUCCUGCCAAUGUAGCCCCUUGGCUUUCAGUGUGAGAGCAGGUGACAGUUACUGUGCACUGUGAGAAUUUUAAAGCAUCACAGUACAUUAAGUCAACUGGCCACUUCAAACUUUCUAACCAAUUUGAUAUAUGCCAUGUCAAGAGGUUCUUUGUGUCCCUGUGAACAUGUCUUGGUGAUGAAGACCUUUUAAAUGGUUGCUGGUAUAAAACUUUUAGGCCUCAGCUAUAGUACAUGGCCCUGUAUAAUCUGUGGAAGUAGUCCUAGAAUCUUGUUGGUGACUUCAUCUGUCAAGUUUCAUUAUUUUGCUUUUAAUGUUUUUCCACAGCAUAGAAAAAUGGCCUACUGACUUUAUAAUGACCCUGUACACUGUACACUGCCACGCAGGUUCACACACUGCUUUUGAGGUAAAGAACCCCAUGAGAAUACAGUCAAGUGCCUGGAUCUUGAUUGCACAGGCCUUUUCGUGUUAUAAUAGGUCUAGGGAAACCAGACUUGAGAUAACAUUCAAUCUGAGAUUCAUGACAGACCUGAGAUAACAUUCAAUCUGAGACUCACGAUGCAGAAACAGGCACUGACAUGACUGCCAAAGUGGGUUGCAGAAAACAGACAGUAUGGCUGUAAUAAGAGCCCUUGGAACUGCUGCUAAACUCCAGUGGGGAUUAUUCUUUAAAUUGGGCGAAGCAUGCUAAAGACAGGGGGCUAUACGCAUCUUUCUUUUCAGUUAAAUCUUUGCAGUUUUUUUUUUAACCUUUGUAGACCAAGUUCCAUUGCAGAGCUUCAAUGUCGCAAUGUUACGUUAUUUGUUUUUGAAUGCUUAUUUUUAUAUAAAUGGUCUAUAAAAUAUCAGAAAAUGUAGAUGGGGAAGUGCAAAGCGAUUUGGAUAUUGAAAGCCAGCGGUGGUGCAAUAAUGUAUUUUAUUUAUUAAUUGCAUUAUAUAGCGCUUUUCAUACAAAAGUAUCACAAAGCAGUGUACAAUACAUAUCAGAAAAAUACAUUUUAAAAAUACACAAUAUAUUUAAAACACAUAAUACAUUUAAAUACAUUUAAAAUCACAAUACAUUUAAAAACACAGCAAAUAAAAAAAAAAAUAACAUUAAGACUACUAGGGUAUGAAAAGCCGUUCUAUAAAAAUAGGUUUUCAGUCUGGACUUAAACACUGUAACAGUCCCAUCUUCCCUGACAGACAAGGGUAGAAUAUCACACUAUUGGAUCAACAGUACAGUUUAUUCAUGUUAGCCCAAAAAUACUAAACCAUCACACGACCCAUGUGGCAGAACUCUAUGGCCAACACUAAUUCCUCCAACAUUGGUCAGUAUUCUGUUGUGCAGUAGCCCAAUGUGAAUUAAUCUUGUUAACUGCAGUUUAAUAUUGCAGUGUAUGUGGGACCAUGGGAAAAAAACAUAAUCAUGUGAUAUUUGGGAUUAUGUUAGGCUUAUAUCAUUGUUUAACAUCUGCAGUUCUUACAUGGCGUGAAAGUAUCAGUCCAUUAACAAAAAUUGGUAAAUUUACUGUAAAUUGGUGGUAAACUGCAUUAUAGUAGCAAUUUUGGAACAAACUGGAAAAAUAAAAAUGCCAAUCUAGUGUUGAUUAUUUAUUCAUCCCUUCCUGGCGUUGUUUCAUAGGAACACAAAUCAUGUCCAUUUUAAGCACAUUUGUAAAACAAUUAAAAGGGUGAUUUUCAAAGCGUUUUGCUCCAAAACAAAAGUCACUGAUUUUCUAAAAGUAAUUGUCAGAAUCUAAAAGGUGCAUUCCUAGCACAAGACAACGCAGGUAUGGAAAAGCACAAUGAAAGUACUAUUUCUUUCAGCUAAACAUUGUUCUGGAAAUGUUAGCUUGUAUAACUUAGGAAGUGUUCAAUUAAAAUUAAAAAAAAUCUGUCUAUGUGGUUACAUAUUUUGUACAGUAUAUUUUGCGUUGUUCCCUCUCCUUUCUUCCACCCUCUUUUUCACAAGAAUAUCAUAACCACUCCUUAAUCAGUUUUUCAACACUUCUGCAGCAUUUGCAGUGAGAGCAUUUUUUUCUGUACAGCACCUGAAAGAAAAGAACGGUGGAUACCACAUAAAUACAGGGUUUUAAAUAAAAAAUAUGAACAA